AUGAGGGUGGAGGAGGCUGUGACGGUGUCCCAGGCGGGUCGCGACAGGGAGCAGCCUGGGCAGCCCGCGGCGCUGGGGUGCGGGGCGCGCGGAGAACCAGGCCGGGGCUGCCCGCGGGAACCCGACAAACAGUGGAAGAAAUUUUUAUAUUGUGAACCACAUAAGAGAAUUAAGGAAGUAAUGGAAGAAGAACUUUAUAUUAAGCGAGAUGAAUGCCACAUUAAAAAUCCAUCUACAGUGGCCCUGGAAGGGAUCUGGAGCAUUAAAAGGAAUCUCCCUGUGGGAGGCUUGAAGCCAGGACUGCCAAGCAGAAACAGUUUACUGCCACAAGCCAAGUACUAUUCAAGACACGGAGGGCUGCGAAGAUAAAAUGAAUAUAAUUUUUCAUUGAGGAUAAAAAGCCCCUCUUUCUCCUGAAGUUUGAAGAACAGAGAAGAAACUCAAGCUUGUUUCAGGAUUUAAAAUGUGUAAAAAAUGUAUAUUAGUCUGUAAUCCCUAUUAUUGGUAUUAAUACCUGUCUAUAAAUUAAUCCAAAGUAAUGAAAAACUAUUGAUAAAGUUUACUAAGCACCUGAAAACAAAGAAAGAAAAUUGUCUACUU